GCAGAUAUUAUUCCCUGUUCCAUUCGUGCUGAUCGUAUCAUCCCCCUGCCAGGAUUUCCCAUCUGGAGGUCGCCGCGCUGCAGCGGUAGCGCGAGAGCUCGCCGAUGGGCGGGCCUGAUGUCGAUGGAGAAUUGCUUGCUUUGGGGAUUCAGUCUCGAGGUUGUAUGCACCGAUUUAGUACACACGCAAGGGCUCUCUGACACGGCGUGAGAGUUUGUCAUCAUCAUUAUCGUCAUCAUAUCAGGCACAAGUGCCUUUGCCUUCUUCUCCCAAUCCUAUUUCUGACCCUGAGAUAGCAGUCAACACUCAACGGGUGUCUCUCUCUCUGCGUGUGGUUUUUUGGAGAAGGUGGGAAAGAAAGAAAGAGAGCGAGCGAUAGAGUUGGGAUUGCUACUGGGUGGAGUUAGUUUUUGUGGAGUAGGCAUUGUUGGCGAUGGGGGAUGAGGACGUGAAGGCGAAGGAUGAGCAAGUCCCAGGCUGCUCAAGGCUUCAUGUUUUGUGUGCGUUGUCGGAGUUUGGCGACGGGGAGCUGGCGGAGCUCCGUGAGCUGCUAGAUGCUGGGGCCGAUCCCAACGCCUUGGACAGCUUCGAGCGCGCUCCGCUGUCGCUGCUGUGCAUGAAUACGGGUCAUGUGGAAGCUGCGAAGGCACUGUUAGCGUCUGGGGCUCUACCCUCGUCUCAAGACACUUGGGGCAGGACAUCGCUGCACUGGUGUUGUGAUCGGGGAUGGUUGGCGAUAGCUGAGCUUCUACUCGGGAGUGGAGCUUCGGUGAACGAAUCCACAAAGCAAGGAGACACGCCAUUGCUUUGGGCAGCUAAAUCAGGACAUGUCAAGUUGGUACAGUUGCUGUUACAAUCUGGAUGUGAUCCACUCCUGCGCAACAAUCGCGAUGAGGCUCCUCUCGAUGUGGCUACUGAUGAAGUCGUGAGCACUUUGAUAUACUCUGCAGUUUCUGAGAAGAAGUCUAGCAUUAGAGUCACAGAUUUUGCUCCUCCCCUUCAAAAAGCAGAAGACGCAGUGAGAGAGAAACCCACCAACUGGAAGGAGGAGAAAGCCCCAGCAUCACCAGAACGCAACAUUCCUAGAACGGUCAGCUCUGAAUUAGGCAGCCGUGCAUUGGCCGGGUUGCCAAUGGGCGCGCAGACUGGAACCUCUGGUGGUCUGUUGUUCUCAGCUUACAAGAAGCAGCCAAUGUCAUCAAUAGCUGGAUCGGGUUCUGGGCCAGGACCCAAGAAAAUGAAAAUAACUCUGAAGAAGAAGUGAUUUCUUGAUGUCCCCUCGCACCGUGUGUGUAAGAUGAUCCCGUACUGUAACACUUGAACAUUGGUAAACUGGUCAUUUUUUCUGAUAUGAUUGGAGGCUCUACAGUCUGGCCAAUCUAUCUCAGGCUUGACAAGCCAAAUUGUUUGGACUGAUAUUUUUUCCACGAACCCAAGAAUUUGGUCUGCUCUGGGCAGCAACCUGUUCAUUGAGAAUGAGGGAAGGAGAUGACACUCAGUAUGUAGAAGCAGCGAAUCGAUAAGGUAGAAUGUGGAUACAUUGACGAGAGCCUUCUGGAGUGACGAUUGCAGGGUAUCGCUCCUUGCCGUCGUAAGGACCUAGAUCUAUCCUUGAUUCGUGUACAAUGUCAAAGUUUAGCAAGAUGAAUUCUUUUGGAUGUUUGUAAA